CCAUCUAUUGUUCAAUCACGGAAGCCCACAUGUUACAAAACAGCCAUUGAAGAGAAGUGACAUGUGAGUGGUGUUAUGCAAACGCCUCUGGUUUCUUCUUAAACUGCUACGCCAAACGCUAAACAUCACAGACAUGAAAAGGAAGCUUUCGAAGUCGCACGCCCCUGAAUCCAGAAAAGCUCCGGUGAAGAAACGGGCUGGAGAGAACUCUGGUGCAACUCUUUCAAAAAAGCUACGAGACAAGAAAGAUGCAGAAACAGGUUCUGCUGUCAAGUCCACAGCAUUCCAGAGCAAAAGAGCACAUGGAAGCAUACUGCACUACAUCUACAAGAACACUCUGGGACAAAGUCUUCACUCUCAGAUGAGACAGUGUCUCCAGGAGCCGUUUGUCCGCUCUCUUUCAUCGUACCUUUUUCAUGCAGCCACCAGCCCCUUUGACCGCAGAAUCACCUCCUUGGAGUGGCAUCCCACUCAUUCCACCACGCUGGCCGUGGCAUCCAAAGGUGGUGACAUUAAUCUGUGGGACUAUGAGCUCCCUGCCAGGAAGAUGUUCAUACAAGGGAAUGGUGCUGGAGACUUCAUUGGAGGGAUGAAGUUUUGCCCCAUGGACCACUCCAGAGUUUAUGUGGCCUCUGGUGAGGGAACACUGACCAUGCAGAGCUUUGAGGGCCACCCAGCCACCAUUCUAUCUCGAACUGGAGACUGUGGACACGGUCACCACAAUGUUUGUUACUGGUACUGCUGUGUAGAUGUGUCCGUCAGCAGACAGAUGCUUGUGACUGGAGACAAUGUUGGACAGCUCUUACUUCUGGGUUUGGAUGGGCAAAAGAUUUUCUGUGACAAGUUACACAAAGCCAAAGUGAGCCACGCUGAGUUCAACCCUCGCUGUGAUUGGCUGCUGGCGACAGCGUCCGUGGACCACACGGUGAAGCUAUGGGACCUGAGGAACAUGAAGGACAAGAAGAGCUUCCUCCAUGACAUGCCUCACGAGAAGGCCGUCAACUCAGCCUAUUUCAACCCCCUGGACGGUUCCAAGUUGCUCACAACUGAUCAGUACGACCAGAUUCGUGUCUAUUCUUCCUGUGAUUGGUCCAAACCUCAGCACAUCAUCCAGCAUCCACACAGACAGUUUCAGCAUCUCACACCCAUCAAGGCCACAUGGCAUCCUGUCUAUGACCUCAUAGUGGUGGGUCGUUACCCUGACGACAGGGUUUUCCUCGGAGACCAGAGGACCAUUGACAUCUUUGAUUCUAACACCGCGGAGCUUGUCUGUCAGCUGCAGGAUCCCAUAGUCGCUGGAAUCAAAUCUAUUAACAAAUUCAAUCCAAUGGGAGAAGUGAUUGGCUCUGGAACGGGUGUAACAGUGCUAAUUUGGGACAGAAAAAAGUUGUUAAAAGACAGGCACAAGGAUCAAGAGGAAACAUCAACCUCAGCGGAGAGUUCCAGGAGUCAACGUCGUGGUCAGCAGCGAUCUGCCAGGAACAGAAGAGCUGCUGGUGUGGAUGCCAAGCUCAAGAAAAAACUGCUUUCUCUGGAGGAAACUGAGACAAGAAGAAAGACAAAGAGCACCAAGCAGUCGAGAAAUAAUUGAAUCAUUGAAUUGAACUUAUCUAUAGUUUUUUUGUUCUUUUGUGUACUAUUGUGUGUCUAAAUUCAAAGCACUUGAGACUUAAAGUUUGGCAUAUUGUUUUUUUAUACUUAAUUGUUAUAAAAAUGUUCAUUUUCUCAUUAAUUCUUGAAUAUGCAUUUAAAAAUAACUCAAAUAUGUUAAGGUAGGGUAUGAAUUGAUGGUGUUGUGGAUAACUUUCCAAGCAUAACAGUAACAUAUUGCAUCUUUUCAGAACUGUGACGUCACGGUAACAUUUGUGGGGGAAUUUUAUCAUCUCAAAAUCUAAAUGAAAGGUUGGCAGCAUACCUCGUUUAUUUCCUGUAGUUGCAUCACAAAGUUAACAUCACCACAUAUGCAGUCAAGAUCAUGAAAAGCUAAGAAUGGAUUUUGAGUUACGUUACAGUAGCUCACGUUAAGAAGCACUUAACGAGAUGAAUUGUGAAGUGUGUAGGGCUGUUCUGUCCUAAUGAUAUGUAACUGAUGAGCUCGAUAUGAGUGACAACCUUUCUGGUCCGGUAUGUAUACGUUUAUGUCUGCCUGCGCCAACUUGCCUUUCUAUUCUGCAUCUACAAUAUGGAACACCCGUUAUGCAGUUUCUAAUCUGACCUUAAGUGUGAUUUGUACAAAAUCAUUCCAGUAUUCUAACAUCAAUGAGAAUGAUGAUCCAACUACGACCACUACAGCCUUUUGGCUGGUCUCAUGUACACAGCAGUGGGAUUGACUCUUGUCAGGACCUAACACUAGUGUGCAAGCAUAGAGGGAUUCCAUUUACCCUGAUAGUUUGCAUUUCUACGUAACCGCAAUGUCCUGAUGGAACUCUUCGCCAUGCUCAUCAUCACUUACUCUUGCUCAUUAUCUGAAUGACUAGGGAAGGAUUCUGUUGGGUCUGGAAAAGGCAGGCUCUUUCUAUGAGGUGCAGGACACACAGCUGAUUGGAUAUUUGGAUAAUCAACAGUCCUUUUGAUGAAACUAUAAACCCUUGGACAAACAUCUAGUUUCAAACAAUGCCUACAGAUUAUUUUCAACCUGUCAAUAUUGUCAUUCAUCCAGGUCAUUGUAUUUGUCAGGGCAUUAAAUUGAUCGCAACUGGACUGUGGAGGUUGUCUUAGAACCUCAGACCCAUUGUCAGCAGCAUUAACUCAGCAACUUGCAAUAUUGCAAGUUAUAUGGCCAACAUCUUAGCAACCAUCGUGGACAAAACACUACAUGUCUAAAACUCAAUGGGCUUUGUUGAAAAAAAAAAACUGGACAAAAAUGAAACUAUGGUUUACUUGUUUACUUGUAUUCCAAGUUUACUUGUAUUCCAACCCAGGAUGCAGUGAACUGUGAGACAACGUUUACAACUUGACCACACCCUCCAGGGCAGAGCCAUACUCAUUCCAGAACAAAUAUGUUUUUUGUUGGAACUUGGCACAAGAUUGGUUUAGUAGGGUUGGGCCUCCAGUCUCGAGCAUCGAUGGGAACCGGGACUAAUUCUCCCGGGAUUGUUCACAUUUUUCCAAUUUUGAUUACCAGUUCCGAUGCUUUUUUUUGUCGACCGACAGAAAUAGCCGUGAACACCAACGAAAAAAAGGCGGGCGAGCAACAACAAAGCGGAAGCGGCUAAAAAGAUUGGCUUACCAUCAUAAGAAAGAGUGGUCAGCUUAGUGCAACAUUUGCAACACAAUGAUAUCGGGCAAAAGAGGGUCAACAUGAUUAAACACCUCCGGAUUCACGUGGUGGAAAUAACACAGUACCGCGUCUUUGAUGCGCUACGUCAGAAGAAGUCAGAAUCAGGGAAGGCUUCGAGGAUUCUUUAUUGUCAUACCAACAACACAUGCAUGCACUUGACAAAGUACGAAAUUCAAGUCAAACAAUAAAUGAUGUCUGACUCGUGCCAUUGUAACCCACGGUUACAGGAUAUGCUAGCUGCUUUGAUAUUUAUGUACUGGUUCAAAAUAACCCUGUGAGAAAUUCAUAGUAAAGUUGAUAAAAAUAAGUUCAUAUCAUUAAAGAAUUCAUGGAGAAGUUCACACAAUUCAUCCAAAAGGAUAGUGCCCUCAUUUAAACCAUGCAAACUUUUAUGACUCUUACUCUUAAAAGCAUCCAAAUCGAGACUCGUUAGUAACCGGAAUGGAAAUCGGAACCAGAAUCGUUCAAAUUGAAACGACGCCCAACCCUCAGUGUUAGCGAAGUUACUCCUGUAAAAACAGGCCUACAUGUUGUUGGGCGCUAUCUGCGACAGUGAGUAGUGUGUGAAUGUAACCUGCCUUUUUCAGCUCACGCCGUGGUGGGCUCGAACACCCGACACACAUGUUAUUGUUUCUGUGGGGUUUCUGCGGUGUAGGACCCCUGCUACUUCAUUAUGCCUAUGCUGCUUCUGAAUUCGAGCAAAUGCAUCGGGUGAGACAGAAAGGCUGACAUAAAGCCGGUUAAUUUUGAGAAUAAAUCAUUCCAUAUUAAAAACAAGGAAACACUGUAACAUGUUUUGUUUUUACAGGAGUAAAGUUAGUGUGUGUGUGCAUGUGUGUGUGUUUGUGAGUAUGAUAAUAAUCAUCAUCAUAUAAUAAUGGUAAUAACUAGAAAAGCACUCGGAGAGCGCAGAUCUCCGCCAUAUGCCAUAGUUCCCCCCCAUAUUGUGAUCAGUAUUUGAUAUUUUGUAGAACCUGUUGGACACUUGUCCUGUACUAUUUUUCCAAGUGCUCUGACUAUUUUUUGUGGAGUUAUACGCAAAUGGCAAAAAUGGUCCUAUCUCACAAUGUUAAAGAAUAUUUUUAAAACUCCCUGGAUCCAGACAGUGAUAACCCCGGAUCAACCCCAAAAUUUAAUGAGUUCUUCCGUAUCCCAAUUCCGACAAUUCCCAAAAAAUCCAUCCAAAUCCAUUCAGAACUUUUCCAGUUACUUUGAACAUAAACAAACAAACAAAUAAACGACAUUAAAAAAAAACAUAACUUCUUGGCUGCGCUUGGCAGAGGUAAUAAUAAUAGAUUUACUUUUCCCUUAUUUACAGAAUGGGCAGGCAACUCCAGCGCUACAGCUGCCACAGGUACAUCAUCUGCCAAGGAAGGUACCGUAUAUUGUGCACGUUGUUUAUUUGUGUGUGUGUGUUUUUUUAAAUAAAAAUGUGUUAAUAGACUUUAGUGUGUGUAAUAAUAAUUUUUAUAUUACAUCUCUAUAGGUGCGUUUGGAAAUAUUUAUUGUCCCAUAA